UGCAAAUGCAACUGCAUUUAGGUAAUAAAAAAAAACUGAAAGUAGACUGUCUUUCCAAAUAAGAUUUAUACAAAAUAACAAAUAUAGAUAUAGCUGUAUAAUUUGAAGAACAUAAUAUAAAUCUAACCUCGUUACACAAUGUCUGUUAUUAAAUUGGAAACUGCCGACAAUUUCGUUAAUUUUAUUGGCUCCCCUCAACUAACAGUAGUACAUUUUUCCACUGAUUGGGCAGAACAGUGCCCUCAAAUAACAGCGGUGCUGGAAGAACUUUCUGCACUUCCUGAAAUUAAGUCAAGUGGUAGUAAAUUUGGAGCCUGUGAUGCUGAAGGUCUCUCAGAAAUCUCACUUAAAUAUAAGGUUGAUUCAGUUCCAACAGUGAUAUUAUUUAAAAAUGGAGCACAAGUGGAUAGAGUGGAUGGGGCUGAUGUAUCACAAAUUACUUCUAAAGUAAAAGCUCAAAGCCUUGGUAAAUCUGCUCCAGUUACAACAGCUAAAUUGCCACUGAAAGAAAGACUUGAAGCACUUAUUAAUAGGCAUAAGGUGAUGAUUUUUAUGAAAGGUGACAGGCAGAAACCAAGAUGUGGAUUUAGCAGGACCCUCAUUGAAAUUAUGAAUGAAACAGGUGUACCAUAUGACACCUUUGACAUCCUAACUGAUGAAGAAGUCCGUCAAGGUCUUAAAGAAUACUCUGAUUGGCCAACCUACCCACAAUUAUAUGUAAAAGGCGAACUAGUUGGAGGAUUAGAUAUAAUUAAGGAAAUGAAAGCUAAUGGUGAAUUAGAAUCUACUUUAAAAGAAUAAUGUGUUCAUGUGGUGUAAUAUUUUUUUUAUUUAUUAAAUGAAUAAUUUGGGU